CAAAAAAGAAGAAGAAGAAGUCGACGCCACCCUCGUCACCCAAAGGGGGGCCGCAAAAGGCCGUCGAUAAUACACUUCACCGACGAGGAGUACCAGAUGGGCAAAUUUUUCUGAAGCCGCUGCUUGAAUCGGGAUGGGACUUCUUCCACUUCAUCGACCUGAUGCGGCAGCACUACAUCCAAAACAUCGGCAUUCAGCCAGGUUAUCUGGAUUGGGAAUGCAUGGACGUGGACGUCCACCGUGAGGAAUUCAUGUUCCAGAACUUCGCCGCCUCGAACCAGGAGAUGAUGAUGAGCCUGCACGCGAACAGAGAUAUCAACGCCGACAAAGCAACUGCUAAUAAUCCGGAAGAAGCAGAAGGGGACGACGGGAUAUCAGCGGGGAAAAGAGAAUUUAGAAGUACUACACCUCCAAAAACAGUAGUACCUGCAAGUAGUGUACAACAAGUACUAGAAGCUGCCGCGACAUCAACUGCUUUCCGUUCCGCACGAGGAGAAACCACGACCGCGGGAGCAGCUGCUACGGACGGAGCCACAUCGCAAAAAUCCUCAACUCUGCCUGUCAGCUUGGAAAAGACCUUUCUUUUGCCUCCGCAGCAGGAUGUUUUCUUCGUUCGAAACCAACUGAGUUUUUUGUUGCGGGAGGUCGCCGGUGGCGUACUGAAAAAUGGAGUUCUCGUGAGGACAGCAGGUGAGGCUGGAGCUGCUGUAGAUGCUGUAGACGAGGAAAACACUUCAAGUGUCUUCAAGCUCUCUCUACUUUCAACUUCCAGCCUAUAUGACGCAGUGCAGACUGUCACCGAGCCGCCACGCAGCCUGUGGAACAUUUGGAAAGACUUCACACACAUAUCCCCGGAACAGGUACCACAUCGCGGUUUAGAAUGGGGAAAGCGAAUGUUCGACCUGAAGAACGAGAAAAACGUGCGAAAAAACUACAACAAAUUGCCGAAAAGCGGCGGAGAACAGCUGCAGGUCUCCAUUCUAACUAGUUUAGUCGCGGAGCAGCAAAAGACCGAGGGCAUGCUCGUCAGAAAGGAAGCAGGUGGCGAGGAGCAACGGGCGACACAGCGCGUCGAGUCUUCAAGAGAUGAACAUCAAGAAGUUGCUGCACAAAGUGCAACUAGAACACGAUCGGAGCUGCAGCACGAAGCAGAACAGAACCAGCCUAAGGCAUGCUAUUUCAUUCACGCGUAUGUGAUGUUUCAGAUGUUUCAGAACCUCGAGGCUACAGCGGACGUCGGGCUAAACGCGUUGGCCAUGUUUCACCUUGGUGAGAACUACCUAACGGAGCAACUUCUGUUCACAAAAACAACGGCGCAUUUGCUCUCGCUAAAACACGCGAAAAAUGACCAAGACCUACAAGCAGGAGAAGAAACCGAAACCGAAAGUAAGUCGGUGUUUCAGUCCCGUCCCAAUGCUCUGGUCGUGGAAUUGCGGAAAGGGGUGGCAGUGACAUUACAUAGUUCACCCUCUACUUCUGAUUCUGAAGACGAUAGUGAAGACUCUGCUGCUGCUGUUGGGUCGCCACUGCUCCAUCUGGAGGCUGUUGGUGACACCUCUGUGCUGGCACCGUUGGAAGAUAUUUUGUCGGAUGGCACGAGGACACGAAAAGCUGCAACCAGUGCGAGUAGAUCCCUGCGCCUGCGCGGGUUUCCGGUAUCCUGUGUAAAAACGUCCCCACCCCAUAGUCAAGAUGGGGAUUUUGCAACACAAACCUAGGAGUUUUGGGAGUCGCGUAUGACAAGUUGCACUCCGUAGUGUAGUGCAGGUUAGCAAGUGCAGCCGCAUCACAGAUCCAUCUGCUCAUCCUGUUCUCAGCAUCACAAAUUCCAAAACACGAUUGGAAAUGUCUACCAUGGGUAUGCGCGUCGCAACUGUCUUUGUCAUUGCAAAUCUGCAUGACAACUCUUUUCACCCCCUCCCCGGGGGGAAUAUAAAUUCGGGCGCACUGACAAAAAGAGGCGGAACACAGCGAGGAGAGUUGCCUCGCUGUCGUUACCGACCCAAGAAAGAUCCGUAUCGUAGACGUACGCACACUGUGCAAAAGACCCGGCAGCUUUUUUUUUCGGCUGUCCCCCACUUAUUAGAUUGUCGGCAAAAGUUUAGGGAUAGCGUUACUCCAUUGCCGCCUUCGCGAUAUUUUUUUUAGCGGACCCCGCACGUACGAUAUCCCUGAUGCGUUUCCCGCUUGGCAUUAAACAUCCCUGACUCAAACACAUAUACACCCCUCGGUAUGGCACACCUCAUCUGCCUAGUCGCCCCUAGGCAGGUGCAGGGAUUUUCUGUGUGGGCUUUUUGUGCUUAAUUAUUCCAACAGGGGCUGAGUCUUUUUUUUCUGCCUUGCCAGCAGAGUUGUACAUGUGGGGGGGAAUAGACGGAAGUGGCGCGAGAUCUUGGUGAAGGAGCAGGCGACAAGAGCGGAAAUUGUACAAAUCAAAAAAAAAUAUGUAAAGAUGGCGCGCACGCGCUCUGCUUAACUGUGUGAAAGGUGUCGGCCCUGUUUGACCUGCUGCGGCAGGCAGGUGAAUUCGUAGAACUGCUUCACAUGUUAAGUAACGUCCACUGGCCUCCUAAAAUAGUGAUGAAUUUAUUUGCGAAAAAACCCUCCUGCUAUUCCUCCCACAGCACAGCACGUCCGCCGCGGCUUCCGGCUAUAGACGUUAGCUAUGGCAGAGUUUGCCGAGUCGCAAAAAUAUUGCGAGUUGCAAAAUAUUUUGCGUUGCAAAGUAGUUGGGCGAUGAAAGUUGGGAGCUGGGCGAUGGGAGUUGGAAGUGGGCGCCGGGAGUUGGAAGCUGAGCGAUGGGGGUGGUGGCGAGUUGGGUGAUGGGAUUUGGGCGGUGGGCGGGGAGCGAUUUCGCAAAUCGCGAAAGUUUUGGAAAGUUUGAAAAUUGCGAGAAAAGUUUCGGCGUGGGCGAUUUUCCCCCCCGUCGCAAAGUUUUAACUCACACCGCUCAGCAAUAGGAGUUAUAUCUUGGGGAUUUUCUAUGCCUAUGCGUGUGUCCGGUCCGAGCUCGAAACAAGGGCUCAGGGGUGGCCCCCCUGUAAGCAUGCGGGUUUAGGGUUUACAUUUGUAUGGACCAAUGCGGCACAUCCAUCGACUUUCCUGGCAGUGUCGACCUGCUGUACACGGCGCAACCCCCGCGAAUCACGAGCGGGGUGCGCAUCUUUCGCAGCCGCCGCGCGUGAGGCUAACUAUCGGGCUUCGGCAAAAGCGCACUCAGUCAUGAUCUUCUACUUGCCGGCCAUCUUCUUGCCGCCGCCCCUGCCGCUAACUUUCGGAUACCACUCCGGCUUCCAAGCACGGCGUGGACCUGAUGUUAUCUCGAUGUCCACCCGCUGGCGCGGCUGCCCCCGUGGAUGUGGUGCAAGACCUUCCCAUGUUUUGCAACACGCACGUGGCGGCAGAAGCAUCAGCGCAUAAAGAUGUCAAGAUGAUAGAAGGUCCGCACCAGCGGACCAGCACGGGUAACAGCCGCCCCGCGCAACGGAUGGAUCGUGGGUUCAGCGGUCCCGUCCCCCCGUUUUUGUUUAUCUCUAGUUUUUUAGAAAUUCUACUAUCUUCGAGCACAGACAUCUUAUGAAUUCCGCUGGAGGCAUCGGCGGUAGCUGCACCAAUCGCCCGGCGUAUUUUGAAAAACAAAAGUCCCACGGCAGUAUGGGUCAUAACUUGUUCGAUUCAGGGCGCGCGGCUACUAAAUGCCACCGGUGGGGUUCUAGAUGUAGCGCCGUUUCGUCAUGGGCUCGAUAUUCGACGGGAGCGAGAAAGUGAGGAGCUGGCUGGUCGCGGCGCACUUGGCACGAGUAUUUCCGUGACAUGAUGGCCGGGACGGUCGUUGCUGAUUCCGCUCGAGAUUUUUCAACAUUGAAGUUGCGAAAACUCUUUUGCAUGACCUUCGCGUAGUACCACCGAGAUACGAACCGUCAUAGGCUUGCGAAUUCUUUUUCAAAAAAACUUUUGCUACAGUUUCGCGCGGCGGCUUCCCGUGUGUAGGUUUAUUCUCGACCAUAUCACCUCCCCGCUAUUCGUCCGACAGCAUAGCACGUCCGCCGCGGCUUCCGGCUGUAGACGUUAACUAUAUCGUGGGGAUUUUCUAUGCGUGUGUCCGGUCCGAGCUCGAAACAAGGGUUCAGGGGUGACCCCCCGGUAGGCAUGCGGGUUUAGGGUUUACAUUUGUAUGGACCAAUGCGGCACAUCCAUCGACUUUCCUGACAGUGUCGACCUGCUGUGCACGGCGUAACCCCCGCGAAUCACGAGCGGAGUGCGCACAUCCGAAUCCCGAAUCCGAAAAACAGUGUAGGGCUUUAGGGUUUUGAAUAUUUUGAUUUUGUAUCUCCCACUGCUGCAUGAACCUGCUGCAAGAACUUGUCAUGCAAAACAACCUUCGGGUUGUUCCCGCGCUUCAGGAGUAGUCCUGUUGCGUGAGGGCGGCAGAAGAUGAAAGAUGUUGUUGAUUUAGGGGGUUGAAAAUGUUUGUACAUGUGUGAUGCAAAAGACAAAGAAAUUUCGCGCGUGGGAGCGCAUUAUUAAGCACAACGGGCGGGUACCGUUCCCGCCGUCACACAAUCAUGGAAAAUUGAAAAUUGAAAAAAACAGCGUGGGGCCCAAUGAAAAAAAAAAAUCUGCAUGACAACUGUGGAGUGGCCGGGAGAUGAUGGUGAUGGCACUUUGGUGUCCGCCUGAGCCACCCGCCCUGCGUCUCAAGCCAUCUGCGGCCAUGGGACAAUGGGGGGGCAAAGUGUUUCGCAUUUUGUUUAGCAUGACAACUCUGGAGUGGGGACGUUUUUCCUCAGGAUAUCCUUUGCCAGAUAUUCUACGGAAGCUGCUGUACACCUCGAUCAAUAUCAACGGCAUUCUCGCUAUGGAAGCGCCAGGAUUGAAAUCGUGAAAGUUGAAAUAGUUUCUUGUGAUGCGUAAAAUGCAACCCACAAAAUGCCUGUCUUGCAGAGUAGGCAAAGGAGGCAGAUUGUAAGCCUGUUGAGGGGUAGAAGUAGAGCUGCUAAAGUAGCAUGACAAAAGGCGUCUUCCUUACUGAAACAGCAUUACAAACAGGAUCUCGGUUCUACCCAAAUUUGUCAUGCGCCACUUGAAAACUAGGCGCCAACUGGUAUCCGUUUUUUGCAUUACAAAUUAUUUCAACUUUGUCGAUUUCAAUCCUGACACUCCCAUACUCGCGCAACUUUCCCAGUGCCGGCGGGUCUGGGUGAGCGACGGGGGGCGGAAGGAACCCGGGUACAGCAAGCCGAGCAACCAUUUGGUGCAGCAGGCGCGCCCACCAAGGUACUUCCGCAUGCAGGUGUUUCCGCACCGCGAGCUCGCUUCCAGUUACAUCCGGUACAAAAAAGAGCCGUUUUGCAACAUGGAUCCCUUUCGGGAGAUUCUGCAAACCGUUUCCGCGGACGAGCCGCUGCGGAUUUCGGAGGGCGGCGCGCACUUGGGCGACUGCGCGCUCCUGGCCGCGAGCCUACUGCCCACCGCCCGCAUCACGGCGAUCGAACCGCUGCCGGACGCGUCCUUUCUGUUGCAGAAUUCCGUGCUUUUGAACGAGCGGCUGGACUUUCCGAAUCGCUUGCACGUGGUGAAGGCGGCCUUGGACGACGGCACGGUGCGGAAGCUGCAGCUCACCCACUUGCCCGGCCGCUCGGCGUCCGCAUCGGCAAACGACGGGAAUUAUGUCUGGAAUUGCAACAAAAACACGCCGGAGCACCUGUGCCGGAGGCACGACGUCGAGGUCUUGAAACUGGAUGAGGUGAUUGAUUUCGCGCACGUGGUGAAGCUUUCUAUCCAGGGCAACGAGAUCGCGGCCUUGCGGGGGAGCAGCGAGCUCAUGCAGCGGUUUGACGUCUGCAGCUGGUUUUUCUACUUCGGCAAGGUGAACUUGGGCACCAGGGUGGUGGUGAAAGUGGAUACGACUACAUCUGGUAAUUAUUCGCAGUUGACCACGUCGGCGGAAUCGUUGAAAGCAGACGGUAAUGCAGCGGAGAAGGAGGACGGCCUUGCGGAGGAGAGACAAAAGCGGUUGAAUCUGACGGUGCACUAUCCUUUCCCAACCUGGUUCAUGUCCUCGCGGAGCGAUGUUGAACUACACCAAGAAAGUAGUACAAACUUCGAAGAAGCACCUGCCAAGGAGUCGUUCGUACAAUUGCGAGAUUGUGCCACCACGGCGCAAAACGUCAAGAACAAGGCAGAGAACCCCGAGAACACCUCCCAGGAAAACGCAAGCUACGCGCGCUGCGUCUCGGUAACCGCUUCGGAGGAACUGUGGAGGUUGUUGGCAACGAUGGACCUGUACUACGUCAAUUACGCGAAGAAGUUGGUUACCGCGAGGCGGAUCGAGAACGCGUUUGACUUGCACUUGACCAUGCAGGCGAACUUGAACCUCCUCGACGUGGACGAGGACGCGUUUUGGAAGGAGUACCUGAUUAUCAAAUGUAAAAAUGUCUGGGUCUGGAAACUUGUAAUGCUGGGUGGCGUCUCAUGAUGAGGCUACAAAUGCUGGCUCAGCAUGACAAGUUUCUGAGCUCCUAGGUGUUGCCUAUUCUGCAUGACAAACUGCGCUUCUGCAUCACAGAAGCGCGUAGCUCUUGGGUAACGUGCGUGACAGAUUUAAGAGUCAUGCCAGACAAGCAUGACAAACAUGAAUUCUUCCAGACCCAGACAUUUUUACACUUGAUACUGAUCGCCACACAGAAGACCGGCCUGAACAAGCGAUGCGUCAAGUUCGUCACCCAUGUGUGGAGGCAGUUUCGCUUGAUGUAAAAACCGGAUUCCACGACCACGCUGGUGGGGAGGUGGGGUACUAAGUAGGAAGAUGAAGCUCCGCUUGGCUCUGUGGGCUGCUCUAGAAGCAUCACAGAGUCAGCUGCGACCGGGUAGUGCAAGCUGGCGUUCAAAAACUAGAACAUAUGACAGUGUUGAGCAAGAAUCCUUGGUGGCCAAUGGACUAGUCGGCCCCUGCACGUAAAGGUGCAUGCACACAUAGUGAAACAGUGACAUACAGUAAGGGAAGGCGUUCCAGUCUUGUAAAGUAGCUUCUUGCAAGAGGAGCAAGAGCAUCGCAGUCGCUGUUUGCAGCUAUCCGUCUACUG